CCUCCCGAGUGCCAUUCUUUCUCACCUAUCUAUCCCUUCCUCCCUCGUUCGAUUCCUCACCACAGUCCCUCAUUUCCCACCACCACCACCGCCACCCACAAGAAACCAUAGUAACAGCCAUGAAGCUCCUCACCACCACCAUCUCCUUUUUCCUAGGCCUCACCCUCGUCGCCGCCAAAACAGAUAUCGGAGCCCCCUGCACCUCCUCCACCACCUACGUGGGCGGCAUCUUCACCCGGAUCUUCUACAUCCCCGACACCGGCGAACUCUGCGAGCUCAUCGACUGCGGCGGCGGUCGCGCGCCUCCCAAAACCACCGUCCCAGGCUGUCCACUCUACUCAGGUACAGAGCCCGUGCCGACGCAUUAUCUCCCCGGCUGGGGUCCAAACGGCCGCCUGAUUGAGACCACGACCACGACUACCUCUGGUGCUGCUGAAGCUACAAGCGAGACCAGUGCAAUCACGGCUACUGCGGGUGCGGGUGGAAGUGUGUACGCUUCUGCUUCUGCGUCGGCGUCUACUGAUACUUCUUCGUCGUCGUCGUCGUCGUCGUCGUCGGCUACUGCUACCGACGCUGCAGCGGCUCAGAUAACCGGCCCUUCGGCCAGCGACUCCGCACGCGACUCGGCCUCGACCGCGCUGACUUCGCGUUCCGGUGCCACGGGUUCUGCGGCUGCUGCCGCGAAUGCUACCACUACUGGGGUGGUGAGGGGGAACGAUGCGGCGGCUGGAUUCCGGGUGCGGAGUGCGGGGGUGGCGGGGGUGGUUGGGGCUGUUGUUCUUGUGGGGGGUGUGAUGCUUUGA